AUGGCCCGUUCGUCCCCGCGGAAGAAGCCCACAGUUAACUACAACGAGGACGACGCCCCCAAGCCGCUCGCCAAAGUCGUGGCAAAGGCUAAGAACCUGGUCGCCAAGACUACGCACAAGCGCAAGGCUGCGGCAGAAGCAGACCACGCCGACGACGACUACGACGAGGUCAACGGCAACGGCAAGGACACGCCCGCCCCCGCCGCCAAGAAGCGCAAGACGGCCAAAGCCAAGAAGGAGGAGCAGGGCGGAAUGCCUCUCACCGAGCGGACCGCCGUGGCGUCGCUGAAGAAGGCCAUGUACAUUGGCGCCCACGUCAGCGCCGCAGGAGGUACGUGCGUCCAAAACUCCAUCCCCAACGCCGUUCACAUCGGAGCCAACGCCUUUGCCCUCUUCCUGAAAUCGCAGCGCAAGUGGGACAACCCGCCCAUCACCACCGAGGCGCGCGACCUCUUCCUGCACAACUGCAAGGAGCACGGCUACGACGUCGGCUCCCACGCGCUCCCCCACGGCUCCUACCUGGUCAACCUGGCGCAGGCCGACGCCGCAAAAGCGAACCAGGCGUACGCGAGCUUCGUCGAUGACUUGCGCCGUUGCGAGCAGCUCGGCGUGCGCCUGUACAACUUCCACCCGGGGUCCACGCUCGGCGACGCGAGACCCGCCGCCAUCGCCCGCAUCGCCGCCCAGCUCAACAAGGCGCACCGCGAGACGCGCAAUGUCGUCACCGUGCUGGAGAAUAUGGCUGGCGGCGGCAACGUCAUCGGUGCUGCGUGGGAGGACCUCCGCGACAUCAUCGCCCUCGUCGAUGACAAGGACCGCGUCGGCGUCUGCAUUGAUACGUGCCACGCCUUCGCCGCGGGCCACGACCUGCGCACCCCCGAGGCCUUCAGCGAGACCGUGGGCGCCUUCAACGACAUCGUCGGCGCCAAGUACCUGAAGGCUUUUCACCGUACGUUGAACGCAUGCCCCCUAUCUAUCCCUGUGCCCGCCCGUAACCCCAAUGGCGGUGAUGACGCCCUUCUCAAUCCUCUACAUAACCCCGUCGUCCACAUUGCUGACGCACUCUCUUUCUCCUGCAGUCAACGAUAG